AUGUUCCAGUUCCUGCUUGGAUUUACAUUGGGCAACGUGGUUGGAAUGUAUCUGGCUCAGAACUAUGACAUACCAAACCUGGCUAAAAAACUUGAAGAAAUUAAAAAGGACUUGGAUGCCAGGAAGAAACCCCCUACUUCAUGA